AUGAUUGAUGGCGUUGCUGCUUGGCUGCGGCCUGGCGGUGACAUCAACCGCAACUACGCCCAACGUAACCAAAACUUCCCCUCCACACCACUUCAAUCCAUCGCCAUGGUAUAUGCAUUCGACCUGCCGACGACCUCACACCUCUCUUUUCAGAGCUAUUUAUCGUCUCGCACGCAUCCCUCCCUCCCGCAGUCCGCAACCACUGCCCGACAUGCCUUCCGCCUCGCGCUCAAAGCCCACAGCCGCCUACCCCGCGGCCCGCAGCGCGACUCUCACCUGAACUCCGUUCUCUCCGCACUCAACGACUACCUGCCAUACCUUGUCGCAAUCGCCCAAGGCCUCAAUGGCAGGCCAAUCGACACCACAGCAGCCCCCUCCGUUCCUUCAGCUGAAGAAGUCGAAGUAAGCCCGCGCGCUGAAAUCGAGCCCGAAUGGCGAGCAACACUCGCAUCGAGCUCUAUCUCCCUCAAGUCUUCUCGACCGACAAAAUCCGGCCGCACGCGCGGACCCGGCAUACAAUAUGAAUUAGCCUUCACUCUUACAACAUUGGGCUACGUCCUCAGUUCUUUAGCCCGGUCAGGCGUCACCCGCACCCUCUACGCAUCCUCAACCCCCACCACAGAGCAACGUACAGCAGCCGUCCAAAACGCAGCCAAGAACCUCCUACAGGCAGCUUCCAUACACACGCUUCUCUCCUCAUCUCCCUACUUUACAAAUGGCUUGGAAGCUUGCGUUGCGCCGGAGUUAGCCCCCGCGUCGCAAGUGGCGCUGUCAUCCCUCGCACUGGCCGAAGCAACCCUCCUCGCAGUGUUAAAGGACGAUUCAUACGUUGUGGCAUGUAUACAAGCGCGCAAUCCCAAUGAUAAAGACUGGAUGGUGCGGGCGCCAGAGAUCCCCAAGGUCCGCGCGCAUGCCUUUGCGCGCUUGUGUAUUCGCGCCGCGGAGUAUGCCGACCAGGCAAAUACCGGGCUCGGCUCGGUGGGUGCGGGGGGCAAACGUGCUGGGAUUGACGAGGAUUUCGUCUCGUAUACGCGUGUGCUUGGUCUCGUUGCGCGGGCGCGUGCAUGUCGAUUUUUCGGGAUCGAUGCUGAGCUCGCCGGGAAGAUUGGAGAUGGGAUUGCGUGGCUUCGCGCGGCGAAGGCGGCUCUCGGACUACGAGGUAGUGGCUCCGGGGAGAAAGAGACCGCUACGAAAAGCCGGGGUUUGUCGAAGCUGAAGCAGGGAUUUAGGGAGCGGCUUGAAGAGCGUCGCAUGGAGAAAGGUGCGGGGGGUGAGCGGGUAGAGAAGGGCGAGUUCGGGCCUGGGGAUAACGCCGGCCGAGAGGAGGAGGGAAGAGUCGUCGAAAUGCUGGAAACGAAGUGGGUACGGAUGAAUGAUACUAUCAACACACAAUUGAUUCCAUCCUCGGCGGACUACCUCGCCAACCUGCCCUCCGGUCGAGAUAUCUAUCCCGCGCCUGCUGCGUUCAAGCUGCCGUCCUUGGAUGAGGAGCAUCUUUCCCGAAUGCGUGCUCCGCCUACGGAGCUUGAUUUGCCUGAGCUUGAGGGUGAAGAUAGUGAUGUGGAGAGUCCAGAUGCACUGGACACUCGGGCUCUUACACCUGGCGCGUUUCCUGACAGGCCUGAUAGUACAUAUUAUUGA